AUGGUGGCCGUAUCCACCGAGAAUGGUAGGAGGCCUGUCCACUGGGACAUCAAGCAGGCGUACACACACGCCAAGCUGAAGGAAGAAAUCUACCUGAGGCUUCCAGACGGUUGUGGUGUUUGGACUGGCAAGGCGGUGAAAGUCGAGCGUGCUCUGUAUGGACUCAAGCAGAGUGGGCGCGAGUGGGGGUUUGAGGCUGCCGAUGCCCUGAUCUCAAACGGCUACGAGCAGUGCAGGGUGGACCCCUGCAUUUUCCGCAAGGUGGUUGACGGAGAAGUCGUAGGUCUCAUCGUGAUCUACGUGGAUGACAUCAUGUUGUCCGCGACCGAGGAGGAGCGUGAAGAGUUGCUAGCGUCUCUCCAGAAGAGAUUCCCUGUGAAGGAUCUAGGAGAUUGUACCUGGUACGAUGGGUGUGCCAUUGAGGUGGACCUUGAGAAUGGUACCACCAAGCUGUCCCAGACGGCUUAUAUCGAGAGCAUGCUCAACCGCUUCAAUGUCACGACCACUGCUCCCACGCCCGCUGUCGUCGACGAUGACCUAGGGCCGAAGAGAGACGACGAGUCCUCGGUGGACAAGCCCGUGAGGGAAACGAUCGGAUGCCUGAUGUGGUUGCUGUUCAUGAGGCCGGACAUCGCGCUGCCUUUGAACAAGCUGCAGAAGAUCGCCCACUCACCCACCGAGAGGAUGUGGAACGCGCUUGUGCGGAUCAUGUCCUACCUCAACGAGACGAAGGACCUCGGGAUCACCUACGUCCGCGGAUCAGGGCUAGACCUAGACGUGUUCGUCGAUUCUAGUUACGCCGACAGCACCGUUGACAGGCGUUCGACGACGGGGCUAGCCGUGACUGUAGGUGGGACCGUAGUGUGCGCAUCCACGAAGACACAGCCAGUGACGGCUCAGUCGACCACGGAGGCAGAGUAUAUUGCAGCCGGGGAGGGCGUGAAGGAAGCGUUGUUCGUGCGUGGUGUUCUGUCGUUCAUUGCGCCCGAGACGAGCGGUGCCACGAUCAGGGUCCUUGAGGACAACGAGGGGGCUCUCGCGUUGGUGCAGAACCCUUUCAGCUCGGCGAGGAGCAAGCAUAUCGACGUGCGGUUCCACUUCAUCCGCGAGCUCUUCAAGGCGGGCAAGAUCACCGCAGAUUAUGUCUCGACAGAAGAGCAGCACGCCGAUAUGCUGACCAAGGUCCUUGGUAGGGGCAAGUUGGAGUACCACCGGAAGGCUCUGAUGAACCUGUCGAUGUAG